AUGAGCGACGCUCAGCUCUCUUUUGGGAUUGUGAUGCUGUUACAGACCGGCACCGGGCUCUCGAUGAACAUUUUUCUCCUCCUGUUAUAUGCCCGGGUCGUUUCCGUCAGCCACAGACUUAGCUCCUCUGACCUGAUCCUCGCCCACCUGGCCCUGGCCAACAUCAUCGUCCUCCUCACGUGGGGCAUCCCAAAUACUCUGUCGAUUUUGGAGUUGAGAAUUUCCCUGGACGAAGUUGGAUGCAAAAUAAUCACGUAUCUCUAUCGAGUGGGCCGGGGCCUCUCCGUCUGCAUCACCUGCCUCCUGAGCGUCUUCCAGGCCGUCACCAUCAGCCCCGCCACCCCCCGGUGGGCGGCGGCCAAAGCCAAAUUGCCCAAGUGCAUCCUCCCCUCCUGUAUCCUCUCCUGGGUGCUCAAUCUACUGAUAAAUGUUGGUAUGCCAGUGUACGUAAGAGGCCCGAAGAACACCACUUUCCAAGCCGCAUAUGAUCUUAAAUAUUGUUCAGGGGCUCCUGUCAGUACAAUAAUUAUGUUGGUGAAUACCGUUCUUUACUCUGCCUGGGAUCUGUCCUUCGUGGGGCUCAUGAGCUUGGCCAGCGGCUACAUGGUGUUUGUCCUGCACAGGCACCACCGGCGGGUCCGGCACCUCCACGGACCCGACCGCUCCCCCGGGGCGAUGCCCGAGGUCCGAGCGGCCAAGAGAGUCGUCGCGCUGGCCACCCUCUAUGUCCUCCUCUAUGGGCGACAGUCAGUGAUGUUGACUAUUUUGCUGAACGUGAAAGGGUACUCACUCAGUGUGUUUAAUAGUCACCUGGUCUGGUCGUUAGCCUUCUCGGUUUUCAGUCCGUUCCUGAUGAUUUGCAGUGACCAGAGAGUGAGAUCAUUCUGGAAAAGGGAAUCAACUAUUUCCAACCUGGAUCCCUCCUAG